AUGGCACCUAUUCUCAAGAAGUAUAAGGCGGCAACAGUCAAUGCCGAGCCAGGCUGGUUCGACUUGGAGGAAUCAGUUCGUCGCACCAUCCACUGGAUCGACGAAGCUGGAAAGGCCGGCUGCAAGCUGGUUGCGUUCCCAGAACUGUGGAUUCCGGGCUAUCCGUACUGGGCUUGGAAGGUAAACUAUCAGGAGAGCCUUCCUCUCCUGAAGAAGUACCGUGAGAACAGCCUUCCUUCACACUCGGAGGAAAUGCGGCGCAUUCGUGAAGCCGCACGCGCCAACAAGAUCUAUGUAUCUCUUGGCUACUCCGAGGUUGAUCUCGCCAGCUUGUACACCACUCAGGUGAUGAUCAACCCGGCCGGAGAAGUCAUCAACCACCGCCGCAAGAUUCGCGCUACCCAUGUCGAGCGGCUUGUGUUUGGCGAUGGCACCGGUGAUACCACAGAGUCGGUGAUGGACACUGAGAUCGGCCGCAUCGGACACUUGAACUGCUGGGAGAACAUGAACCCCUUCAUGAAGGCCUACGCCGCCUCUCUUGGCGAACAAGUCCAUAUCGCGGCCUGGCCAUUGUACCCGGGAAAGGAGACGCUCAAGUACCCCGACCCAUACACCAACAUUGCCGAAGCCAACUCGGAUACCGCCCAGCUCGUCACACCUGCGUACGCAAUCGAGACUGGCGCUUUCACCCUCGCUCCCUGGCAGACUAUCACUGCUGAAGGCAUCAAGGUGAACACUCCGCCCGGGAAGGAACUUGAGGAUCCCAACAUCUACAACGGAAACGGGCGCAUCUUUGGCCCUGAUGGACAGAACCUCGUUCCUCACCCAUCAAAGGACUUCCAAGGUCUUCUUUACGUUGACAUCGAUCUCGACGAAAUUCACUUGACCAAGUCUCUGGCCGAUUUUGGUGGCCACUACAUGCGACCAGACUUGAUUCGCCUUCUUGUCGACACAAAGCGCAAGAACUUGGUGGUGGAGGAAGACCGAGAGAAUGGUGGUGUAGUCUAUACCCAGACAAUUGAUCGUGUGGGACUGUCUACUCCACUGGACGCGGCCAGCAAUGAGCCAGGCAGUGCAUGA